GACAGAAAGAACUUUUGAACUAGUGCAUCAUUUCGUGAACAGCUCUGUUUGGUUCACUCAACCAACCAUUUUGCGAGUCGGCAAAAAGUUUUGUGCCGAAAUAAAUAUAGUGCCUAAAUAACAGAAAGCCACAAAUAUUUACAUAAAGUAAUGAUAAGCAAUCAAGAUUUCGAUUAACCGAAUGUGCUUUUGACAAGGGCAACAAACGCGAAAGUUUUGCACUCGAAUCGAUUUUUUCUGCGCUGCGCUGCUUGCGAUUUUCACAGCGCCCACCAACAAACCCAAGCUAGAAAAUGUCGCGGCAUCCUAGCGACCGGAAAGUGUAUGUUGGCGAUUUGGGCAAUAACGCACGAAAGAAUGAUUUGGAGUAUGUAUUUGGUGCCUAUGGUAGUUUGCGAAGCGUCUGGAUUGCACGAAAUCCGCCAGGUUUCGCAUUCGUUGAGUUUGAAAGUGCCCGAGAUGCAGCUGAUGCAGUGCGUGGCUUGGAUGGACGUACAUUAUGUGGCCGCAGAGCUCGCGUAGAGCUGUCCACAGGGAAAUACGCUCGGUCCGGGGCAGGUGGUGGUGGCGGUGGCGGUGGAGGAGGAGGUGGAGGCGGCGGUGGUGGUUUUGGAGGAGGACGUGACCGAGGAGGCGGUGGUGGUCGCAGCGACGAUAAGUGCUACGAGUGCGGCAUGCGUGGUCAUUUUGCGCGCCAUUGCCGCGAGCGGAAGGCUAGACAACGACGCAGAAGCAACUCAUUGAGCAGAUCGCGCAGCACAUCGAGACGCCGCCGCACUCGCUCGAAAUCUGCCACUCGUUCGCGCAGCCGUUCAGCCGGUUCGGUGGGCCGACGCUCUGGUCGCUCCCGUGAGAAUGGCCGGGAUGAGAACGGUUCGGUAUCACGUUAUAGUGACCAGGAUCGAAAUGGUAGCGGAGUGGUGGACUCGCCGCCGCCAGUGAAGCGGCGAUACGAUGAUGAUGAUGAUGACAGAGAUCGGGGCUCGCGAUCGCCAUCACCGCCGCGUCGCGGUUCCCCGUCGAGGCGUCGUGGCGAUUCCUCAGUAUCGCGUUCCAUGUCCAGGGAUUAACGUUGCCAGGAACCUGAUUUUGGCCAUUUACAAUAGGGCUCAACCUGCUGCUCCUUUCAUUCCUUCAAUCCAAACACAAAAAAAAA